AUGAAACUCGCCGUCUUCAGCGCCAAAUCCUACGACAAACACUACCUCUCCACCACCCUCCAAGCCCACUACCCAACCCUCUGCGAACUCACCUACCACUCAUUUGCACUCUCCUCGGAGACAGUAUCCCUCACUUCCGACUGCGACGUCGUAUGCGUCUUCGUCAACGACACACUAGACGCCCAAGUUCUCCACGUCCUACACUCACACGGCACCCGCGCCAUCCUCCUCCGCUGCGCCGGGUACAAUAACAUCGACCUUGAAGUCGCCGAGAAGCUAGGAUUCUUCGUCGCCCACGUCCCGUCAUACUCUCCCGAAGCGGUGGCCGAGUUCGCCGUCGCUUUGAUCCAGACCCUGAACCGUAACACGCACCGUGCGUACAACCGCGUACGCGAAGGCAAUUUCAACCUCGAAGGGUUCCUCGGCCACACGCUGUGCAGGAAAACAGUGGGCGUGAUCGGCGUCGGGAGGAUCGGGAUGGCGCUGACGAGGAUAUUUCAUGGGUUUGGGUGUCGGUUGGUGGCGUAUGAUCCCUUUGCUGGGGAAGAGUUUCAAAAAUAUGGGAGGCUAGUGUCGUUGGAGACUUUGCUGCGAGAGAGUGAUAUUGUGAGUUUGCAUUGUCCGCUGUCGGAGACAACAAGACAUAUAAUGGGGGAGAAGAAUUUAGCAAGCAUGAAGAAAGGCGCAUUGUUGGUGAAUACUUCGCGUGGGGCAUUAAUUGAUACCAAGGCGGCGAUUCAGGCGCUGAAGAAGGGACAUCUGGGCGGGUUGGCGCUGGAUGUCUACGAAGAGGAACGGGACUUGUUCUAUAAUGACCAUUCGGCGGAGAUUAUUCAUGAUGAUACCCUGAUGCGGCUGAUGACUUUUCCCAAUGUGCUGGUUUGUGGACAUCAGGCUUUCUUUACGCGGGAGGCGUUGGCGGAGAUUGCAGAAGUGACGCUGGGCAAUUUGCAGGAUUUUGUAAACAGGAGGCCAUGUAAGAACUCGCUGGUGCGCGAGGGUCAUUUGUUGCUGUCGAGGGAUAGCGAACCCGUGCGGCUGUAG